GUCAAACUCGUUGCAUCACUCAGCAAAAAAAUAAAAAAAAAUAAAGGAAACUCAGACGAAAGUUCUUUAAAACCAUUUGCGUUCAAUACUAAACAAACGGUACUACUGUAGUGUACUUUAUAUUGAAUUUUAUUUUCUCAUCAGUGGAGUGCGUUUCAAUCGUCAUCAAGAGCUGUUGUUAUCUGUUUAUCAAACCGACAGGCUUGCUACACAAAAGGUUCCGGCAUUUUUGCGCGUUUGAUUGAAUCAAAUUAGCAACAAUUUUCUCCGCUGUAGAACCAUGUUCCGUGCCUGUUACCUAAAUUUAUUAGAGCAUUAACACCGUGUACUAGUGUCAGCGCUCCCUUCCUAGUUACGGUCCGUCGCAAUCAAUUCGCAGCAGCUCGAUGGCUUUGAAACUGAUCCCAAACAGUACGCUGGCGCUGCGAAAGUUCAAUAAAUACUUAAGAAGAAAUGUGAAAGAUCAAUCAGCAAGCAUAUUACGCCUUUGGGCAACGCAAUGUGAGUUCGUGUUUGCACAGCAAUUGCGAAGAAGCCAACAGAUAUUUGCCCAUUAUGCCAAAAUUUGGGAGGAACGCGCACUUCGUGAAUUGCUGAAACGCUUCCGAGGUCAGGUACAACGACAUGCCAAAGGGUUCGUACUCUCGUCCGCAGCACUGCUUACGUUUGAUUGGGAACGCGAAAGAAUCGAACUUGAGUCGGUGCAGGAGCACAUGGACGACUUCCAAUUCCUGGAGCGUCUGCAAUUGGAAACGAUCUACUGCAAACAGUGUCGGAAACGAAAGCAGAUCGAUUGCCGGGUAGAAGGUGUCAACUAUUGCUGCUGUCCCAAGAAUGUCACCGAAAUGUUGUCCGCUGAGCAAAACGUCUACACCGUCUGGGAACCGUACAUUGAACAGAAACGUAUGAUCACUUGGCGUCAGGAGAUCAAGCCAGGACUGUUUGCUUACAAAGUUUACGUUGAGUAUCCUGACGUGACGGCAGAAGAUUUUCUACACGUCCAAAUAGAUGUCGAGUAUCGGAAAAAGUGGGACAAUACUGCUGUCAAUUUGGAAGUGAUAGACGAAGAUACGGCCAAAGGAUCCAACAGUCACAUCAUUUAUUGGGAGGCCUUAUGGCCGAAACUAUUUGCCAAUCGCGAUUACGUGUACAACAGGCGCUUUUUUAUCGAUCGCAGUCGGCGUGUAAUAAUGAUUGUGAAUAAAAGCGUGGAGCAUCCCAAGUGUCCCGCCAAACCGCACACCCAGCGUGUUCAUGAGUACUGGAGCUAUAUGGUGAUCAAACCAACGACUGCCUUUAACAAGCCAGGAGUCUCGUUCGUACUGACAUACUUCGAUAAUCCAGGACUUUCAAUACCGAAGUACAUUACCACCUGGGUGGCUAAAAAGCAGAUGCCCGAUUUCCUGCGGCAACUUCACCAAGCGACGGUGAACUAUGCAAAAGCCAAGAAGCAGAAUGAGACGCGGAUUAUUGAGUUUUGGGACAAGCAUAAGGAUCCAGGUUUCGAAUAUCCGCCAGACACACUGCUCGGAUACAGUGCGGAGGAUUUCACGGAAGCGCAAAAGCAGGAAGAAGAAUCUAGUCUACAACAAGUCAAUGAAAUCCAUGUCGAAACAAAUUCUGCAUCUCAGCAACCACUAGCUUCAACAACCUCAAAGUCCAAUGUAGAGUCGACGCAGCUUAACGGAAAGGCAAGUUCACCCAGUGCGGCGGCGACAGAUUCGUGUGAAAGUAUAGUGGAAGAAUGCCCACCGGUGAAGAAAACAUCCUGGUGGAGCUACUUAUAUUCUUACAUCUAUUUCGUUUGAUCCGAUCCCUACGCACAACGCGCGAUUUCACGCGGUCUGCUAAUUUGUUGGGGGGAAACUAAUUGCACUCCGGGCAGUGUUAGUACUGAGUAAGGUUUGUAUGACGUGUCCUAUGCUACUUCGUGGAUAGUGAGGUAAGGGUUUUCUUUGCAUUCUACGGACCAAAACCAUGGCUAAACCUAUGUAAGCAACCAAAGUCGAGUUAUAGACAUAUUUAAUAGCGGAUGCUUACCACAUGCUAAUGAAUUACUCAAAUCGCGGCGUAAUAAUAGUAAGGCCCAAAAAUACCUCAAAAUUGCCAGUUACAAUACAUUCAUAACACAAAAACUGAUUACGUUAAGAAGAACAGUAUGAGUUCCGUUCAGCAACCGCACGCAACCGGUGCAGCAAAUACUUCAACGGAUUGUUCUCUAUUAUCCUCAGUUUGGCCUCUUUGCCAUUAAUGUAGGCAAUCGUGCUAUUCCUUUUUAAUUGUAUUUGGCUUGGUUUACCAGCGUUGCAGACAUUAAAAGACGUGCAAUCUUUUUAUUUUAUUUUAUGAGGUUUUUGGGCAGUGUCUGUAAUUGUAAAUAUCGCAUGUGUUAUUGAUAGUCAGAAAGUAGUGUGAAAAUUACCUUUUGUCUUUAAUAUUGUUAAAGUACUAGGGAAUUAUGUACCUUGGAGUGAAACGUUCUGUUUGUUAAAGUUUAAAAUAGUAAAACCAAUACAAAUUAAAAUUCAA